UUAGCUAGCCCAGCCCAUUUUGUUAGCCCCCUUUCCGAUCGAGAAGCCUCUCGCUCUCCUCCUUCGCUGGCCGGCUUCAUCCAUCCGCCCGCGCCCGCGCCGUCCCUCGCUCCGGCGUGAAGAGUUCUCAAGGGAACCGCGCAGACUCCACCAUUUGUUGGUGCUUUGCAAGCGCCGGCAUCAACAUCUGGAUCCUGAAGUGCUUGGGAAAUGAGUGCGGGCGGCGCGUUUGGUGGAAACAGGGGAGCGAGGCCUGUACCUCCUGAAAAAGGUGUAUUCCCCCUCGAUCACUUGCAUGAGUGCGACCUGGAGAAGAAGGACUAUCUUGCUUGCCUGAAGUCUACUGGAGCUCAGUCUGAAAACUGUCGGAUGUUCUCGAAGAAAUACUUGGAAUGUAGGAUGGAGAGGAACCUGAUGGCAAAGCAGGAUAUGUCGGAGCUUGGGUUCAGUAACACAGACGUUGUGGUUACACCUUCCGAGAAGAACAGCAAACUGGAGAGCCCAACAAGUGAUUCAAAAGAGAAGAAAUAGCUGUUCAAUUCGCAAGUUCCUUAUCUGACGGUUAACAUCAUUCGGUACUUCAACACAAGUUUUGGGAAGCACUGCCUCCAGAAAUUAAGGAGUACCUCCAUCUUAAGGGCAAAAUGGUAACCAUGAGAGUAUGUAAUUCCUUGGAUUAAGAUUAAACAAAAAAGAAAAAUAACUUACUUACUAGUGUUGUUGAACCUAAUAAUCAUGAGUUGCGGAGGUGACCAGACCACCGACAGGCUCGAGAGCGUUCCUAAAAUCAGCACCUUCAUGGUUGAUUGUUUUUUUUUAAGAAAUAUCUAAAUUUCCUAUGGCAUGUAUUUUCAUCGGCAUAAUAAAGUCUGGUAGAAACUGAUGGUAACCCCUAAACAAUGACACGAUAAUACGGCAGGCCACCAUGCCUCUUCAUGGUGGCUGGUACUGGAAUUGAUGUGCUAACUGCUUAUAAUUUUGUAUCGAGGAAACAUGUUAUCCGUGGUC